AUGGCUCUUGCUGCCAUUAGCACCGCAAUGCCACAACACCCCUGGGACAGACCAGCACAAGACCCAUGUCAGGUGACAGGCCUCUGCGAAGGACAAUGUGCCCCACCAUUGGUUAGUACCAACCUUUCUUUAUAUCUUGACUAGUCAUUAACCUAUCCUGAAGACAGCUACAGGUGUUACGUGCGCAAAUGGAGUCGUUACCUGUGAAUGCAAAUGAGGUACCAGCACCUUGGGUUAAUACAUCCGUUGAAUUACUGUCGACUUGUUCACCAUUGUCAAAUUACUAG